AUGGAGCGAAUUCUGUUCUUUCUAUUCUGCCUACGUUCGUUCGGUACAUGUGACAUCUCGGGCCCCUCGGGAGAGACCAAAGCCCCAAACGUUGUUCUGAUAGUUGUAGAUGACUUAGGUUGGGAUGAUAUUGGGCUACACGGGAGUUCUCAGAUUCCCACUCCCAAUAUCGACAAAUUGGCUGAGGAGGGGGUGGUGCUGGAUAAUUACUACACUCAACCUAUAUGCACUCCAUCCCGUGCUUCUCUGAUGACGGGAAAGUAUCCUGUACGUCUGGGUCUCCAACAUGACGUCAUCUCCGCGGCGACACCUUUCGGUCUGCCUUCGAACUUCAAGAUUAUGCCCCAAUACCUACACGACAAAAACUACGACUGUCAUAUCGUCGGUAAAUGGCACCUGGGACACAGUCGGUCGGAGUUUCUCCCGACUCGGAGGGGCUUCAAGGAUCAUUUCGGCUACCGCCUCGGUAGCAGCGAUCAUUACAGCCAUUAUGGAGCGGACGAUUCGGAUGUUCCGGGUUCACUCUUCUAUGGAUUGGACCUGUGGCACAAUGAAGUUCCGGCUAAAGAGUUCAAUGGGAAAUAUUCGACCGAUAUUUACACUCACCGGAGUACCGACAUAUUGCGGGUACGUGGCUUCCGGCUCAGAUUCUUCCCGCAUUUCUUCGCGACAGAAUUGCAGGAUCAUUCAAUACGGAGGCCCUUGCAGAUGCACAACAAGUCCCGACCGCUCUUCCUCUACCUCGCUUAUCAAGCAGUCCACGCAGGGAACCCGGAUCAGGCCCUUCAAGCUCCUCAAUCAAUCGUAGACAGAUUCAGCUCGUCGAUCAGGAAUGACCGACGUAGACGCUAUGCAGCCAUGGUAUCGGCGGUGGACACCGCCAUCGGGAACGUCAUGGGUGCUAUUCGAGCGAACGGCUUUGCCGGGAACACCUUGGUUUUCUUCACCAACGAUAACGGGGGCCCCAUUAACGCCAAUGAUCGAUCCCCCGGCUCUAAUUAUCCUUUGAGAGCGGGAAAGUUCACACUCUGGGAAGGUGGUGUGAGAGGGACGGGAAUCUUCUGGGCCCCGCAGGUUCUGAAACCUGGGAAGUUCGGCGGUCUUUCUCACAUAGUCGACGUUCUGCCGACCAUUCUCAGCGCUGCGGGAAUGUCGUCAGUCCCUGAGCUGGAUGGUGUGUCUUUGUGGAAAAGUCUCUCUGAGAAACGCAGUGAGAAUCCUCGAACCGAGCUCCUGCUGAACAUCGAUCCUGUUGAUCACACGGCCGCAUACAGGCUGGGUGAUUUCAAGUUGAUCAAGUCCAACGGUCUGAUGGACGGCUGGUUCCGGACUCCGGAUGCUGCCAAUCACAGCAGGACGAUAAAAUGCAAACUCGACGAUCCGGUGUUUAUAUGCAGAGGAGUUGACAGGCCGUGUCUAUUCAAUAUUGCUGAAGAUCCCUGUGAACAAGAUGAUGUUUACGCGGACAACCCCGAUAUUGUCAAGGAAAUCAUGGAGAGACUCCAUCGUUAUCGGCAUGAGAUGCACCCUGUGGAGGAUAAGAACGUCACCCGUUUAGCCGAUCCUGCGAGAUUCGACUACAUCUGGAUGCCCUGGGAGGACUUGAACUUUCGAAACUCAUAG